AUGGACGUUGAAACGAUACAAGUGCCCAAGUCUGGGCCGGCAAUUCUGGACAACAACAACGUGCUAACACGAGCUCGACACGCAAUAGCAUUAGCGGCGGGCGCCACUGCAGGAGUGUUGCAGCUCGAGUCGUUCUAUGGGUUUGGCGUGUUCGUUGCCGCCAUGGCACUGGCGUCUGUUGCCCUCUUUGCCUUGACUGCGGGCUCAAACAAACAGGUUUUAUAUACGGGUGUGCUGGCUUCAUUGCCCGGGUUUGUAUUGUCAUGGGUUUUGGUUUAUUCGCUUAGUGCUUAG